UGCAGGACGUCACACGUGGAGUUAGACAACAACAGCCGUCAGGAGAUCGUCGUCGUACUGCGUCAUAAUGAGAAUGCCACUGGGACGUGUCUUCUUCUCACUGGGCUUACUCGCCCUGUUGGUCGGCAUAUCUGCUGCCGUUCCUGUUCCACAAGAGGAGCAAGAGCUGGAGGAAAGUGAGGAAACUCGUGCUGUCCGCUCCGUCGAGCUGCAAGAGCCGCCACUCACCAGCGCGUUGGGACCGUCCCCACUGGAGGACGCGGCAGAGGUAGCUGGUGAAGAUUCCCUCGUUGCCAGCCGUCAGAAGAGAACGUUGAAGAAGGGCAAGGGCAGCGGAGGCUACGGUCGCCGCGGCGGCGGCUAUGGUAAAGGCUGUGGGCACUGUGGGCGUAAGAAAUGAGUUUGAUGCUACGUGCGCCAGCGCCUAAGGCAGGAGCCGAUUCAUAAGAAUCACGCUAUCUGAGGCUACACUUCGCAUCUUUCUUCCACGGACUUCAUAUGUAAUCAACAUACCACUGUUUGCUUUUGAAAUAACAUAUAAUCUUCAAAAACAUUUCAAGUUAUUAUGCGAACCUGAAGGCAGCUGAGUAUCAAUUCGGUGCAAAAAUUGUACUAUUGCACAGUGCUGUAUUGUCAUUCAACACUUCCUUUCCUUGUACCACUGAUUCUUAUGUGAGUUAGUUCCCCUCUAUUCUGUGUUCUGUAUUCGUAACGGUUUAUUGUAUGAGAUAAUCUGCAAGAGUGGAGUGUGAACUGUCAAUUUUUAAGUCUCUGAGGUGCUCGCAAUAUACAUUAAUAUAACCAACAAGUUGGAGGGUCGGAUUCUUGACUGGAAAUGGAUGGAAAGAGCACCUAUGGACAUGUGUCCGGAAAUUCAGCGUUGCUACAGUAGAGGGCGCUGACGAAUGAAAGGUUCUCUGACCACGUGCCGUUUGUUCCUUGUGAGUAGCAAGCUGUGUGAUUGACGAAGCAUGCUGUGAGCAACAGAAUGGUUCGGCAUCUAUGUGUCUGUGUACGGCAAAACAGAUGGAAACGGUCGAGAGGCAGCACGGCUAUACCAAAACAAGUAUCGACACAAACACCAACUACAUCACAAGACAUGUCAAGCAUUGUUUGGGCGUUUGCAUGAUCAUGGGUCCUUCCAGAUAGACGAACUUGCAGGGAGGCGGCGCAGAAUCCGACUAU